AUGGCUCUUUACAAGAUCUUAUUUCUGUUGACUUUUAUAAUAUUGUCACAAGUUUUGUAUCAUGUCAGUGCGGUGAAUAUACUUGCUAUAGUGUCUUUAAAUAUCAAAAGCCAUUACAUGGCCUUUCAAACACUAUUUCGCGAAUUGGCCAUCCGAGGACAUACCGUCACUGUUAUCAACAAUUUUCCUGAACCGAAUCCUUCAGUGAAUUUAAAGUUUAUUAACUUUAAUCGAACAUCUGCAAAUAUGCUCCCUAUUACUAACUUCGAAAAAUUUAGUUCAUCAUUUUGGCAUUUGUAUAAUUUUUACAAUCAUUUUAUGGGUAUAGGUCCAUCGAAUGUUAGGAAGGAUUGUGAAUUAUUUUUUACAAAUAAGGAUAUUAAUGCCCUACGGGAAAAAAGAGAUCAGUUCGAUGUGAUAUUUGUUGAGGAGUUUAUGAGUGACUGUGCACUGGUAUUUGCUGCUGUGACCUACGAUGCGCCUAUUAUUGGAAUAACUUCGCAUACUUUGCUACCAUGGAGUUAUCCAAGACUUGGGAUACCGUUUAACGUUGGGACAAAUUCAUUUUAUUUUUCUCCCGCUGGAAAAAACCCAUCAGUUUUCCAGAAGGUAGAAUCCUAUAUUAUGAAUGUUUACGCGAACUCCGUGGGAAGAUGGCAAAUUCAGGAAAAUAUUUUGGAAACUUUUAACAAGUACCUUCCAAAUGAAGUACUGGACGUCGAAAAAAUAGCUAGAGAGAGAAUAAAAAUGAUGUUCGUUUACCAACAUCAUUCUAUAACAGGUGCGAGAUUGAUUACACCGCAAAUUCUCGAUAUUGCGGGAAUACAUAUUGGAAAAAACAAGCCAGUAGAGGGGGAAUUAGAAAAGUUUUUGUCCAGCGCGACGCUUGGUGUUGUUUACGUCAGUUUUGGAUCAUUACUUAGAGCGAAUACAAUGUCCAAAAACAAAAUAGAGCAAUUUCUUCUCGCGUUCAAGAAGAUUCCUCAGAAGGUUCUAUGGAAAGUGGAUAAUGUAACUCUUCCUAUCGACGAUGAUAAAAUAUUGAUAAGCAAUUGGUUCCCUCAAUUAGACAUUUUGUGUCAUCCUAAGACUGUGGCAUUUGUAUCUCAUGGUGGGAUGUUAAGCAUAUCUGAAGCGGCUCACUGUGGGAAACCACUGCUGACGAUUCCUUUCUUCGGAGAUCAAUUUUCUAACGCUGCGGCCGUCGCUGAGAGUGGACUGGGGUCAACUAUGCAAUUUGACCAUAUUAAUGAUGAGAGCUUAAUACAAGCAAUCAAACACUUAACAUCACCUGAGAUGCAGGAAAAUGCUCAACGUGUUUCAAAACUUUGGCACGAUCGUCCAAUAAAUGUUUUAGACAGCGCCAUCUAUUGGACAGAGUAUGUGGCAAGACAUAAAACAGCGCCACCAUCAGUCGUGUUGUCAACUCACGAUUCUUGGUUCCAGAGUUCACUCAUAGAUGUCUAUAGUAUUCUUUUAGGAAUAAUUAUGUUAAUUUUGUUUGUUGUUUAUUUGUUUUUAAAAAUAAUAAUUUUAGUUUUAAAGUUAUUUAUAGGACUAUGUAAAUCUGAAAAUAAACAGAAAAUUAAUAACAAGCAUGAGUGAUCGUAAGAAGCUGAUGUGCAUUCUGUAAAGGUAUCUUUGUUAUUUUUUUAAUAAUUAGGGCGCUGCACGCUGGUUAAUAAAAAAGUUAAUAUUU